AUGUCCACCACCACUACUGCGACCGCGCAGGCCAGCAACUUGUCGUUUGUUCUCAACAAGACUCACGAUGUCAAGUUUGAGGAGCGCCCUAGACCUGUCCUCAGCGACGAGCACGAUGUCAUUGUUGCCGUAAACUUCACCGGCAUCUGCGGCUCGGAUGUGCACUACUGGCACCAUGGCUGUAUUGGUCACUUUGUCGUCAAUGAUCCCAUGGUCCUGGGACACGAGUCCUCCGGUACUAUUGUUGAGGUCGGCAGCAAGGUCUCGCAUCUGCAGGUUGGUGAUCGCGUGGCUAUCGAGCCUGGCUACGGAUGCCGCCGCUGCAACGCUUGUCGCUCCGGAAAGUACAACUUGUGCCCUGACAUGAUCUUUGCCGCUACUCCUCCUCAUGACGGUACUCUGGCUGGAUUCUGGGCCUCGCCUGCUGAUUUCUGCUACAAGUUGCCCGAGACCGUCUCUCUUCAGGAGGGUGCUCUGAUUGAACCGCUGGCAGUCGCUGUCCACAUUGUUAAGCAGGCCGAAGUUAAGCCUGGAAACUCCGUCGUUGUUAUGGGCGCUGGUCCUGUCGGUUUACUCUGUGCUGCUGUUGCAAAGGCCUACGGAGCGUCCAAGGUAGUUAGCGUUGACAUUGUCCAGUCGAAGCUUGACUUUGCUCUCAGCUUUUGCUCCACGCACACCUAUGUAUCCCAGCGCAUCGCCCCCGAGGAGAAUGCUGCCGCUAUCAAGAAGUUGGCUAAUGUUCCCAACGGUGCUGAUAUUGUAAUCGACGCUAGCGGUGCUGAGCCCUCUAUCCAAGCUGCUAUUCACCUCGUUCGCAUGGGCGGCACCUACGUCCAAGGCGGCAUGGGCAAGAGUGACAUCACAUUCCCCAUCAUGGCCAUGUGCUUGAAGGAAGUUACCGUUCGCGGAUCGUUCCGCUAUGGCCCAGGAGACUAUGAGCUAGCCGUUGAUCUGGUUGCUACCGGCAAGGUUGAUGUCAAGAGGCUGGCAUCAGAUGUUGUACCCUUUGAGAAGGCGGAAGAUGCCUUCAAGAAGGUUCAUGAGGGCCAGGUCAUCAAGAUUCUGAUUGCUGGCCCCAACGAGAAGAUUUGA